GAUCUCUUUCGUAUUAUUUUCCGCUCGCAAUUAACAACUUGACUCCCUGGAAUUCGCCAUAAUAGAUACACCUAGACUUUCUUUUCGAUAGACUUGUCUUUUCGUUCUUUCUCUUCAGGCCUCUUUGCUUGACUAUCUACACAUUUAUUACCAUUCAUUUCAUGUCUGAAGUCGACAUACACCCUUAGCCAAACAACAUUUGUCGGGUAUUCAAAAACCUCCGUCGUUGCUGGAGACAGGCAGGACGCAUUCCUCCCUGCAUCCGCACCACCAAUUCCCUAAGAAUUAAUUGAUCGAUCCCGAAUACCCUUUCCAGGUCGCCAACCACGGCCCGUAGACCUGAUGGGAUUCUUCAACAGAAAAGCCACCUCGACUGGCUCGGAGUCCGAAAAUGUCAAGUCCGAGGCUACCACCGUUGUUCCCAGCCAGAACGUAUCGAACACAGAUCUCAACAAGCACCACCAGAUGGACGAAGGGGUGGCAGAGAAGUCGGAUACCAGUUUUGAGAAGGAUACGGAUACACAGUUGCAACAAGAAUCCUCUGCAGAUGUACCGAUACAAAAGGAAGAGAACCACGCAGAUGGUGUUCUGCCCUCAGCUGCAGACGAGGAGGCCCAGUAUCCUCAUGGUAUCAAACUGGCUCUCAUCACCCUCGCCCUAUGUCUGUCCGUCUUCCUCGUCGCGCUUGACAACACUAUCAUCGCGACUGCCAUUCCCAAGAUCACAGAUCACUUCAACUCGCUUGGUGAUGUCGGUUGGUAUGGUUCGGCAUAUCUUCUCACGACCUGCGCUCUGCAGUUGUUCUUUGGAAAGCUAUACACAUUCUACUCCAUCAAGUAUGUGUACCUGACAUCCAUCGCCAUCUUUGAGGUUGGUUCCGCUGUUUGCGGUGCUGCACCGUCGUCAAAGGCGCUUAUUGUCGGUCGUGCUAUUGCCGGUAUCGGGUCGGCAGGUAUCUUCUCCGGAGCGAUGGUUAUCAUCGCCUACACGGUGCCCCUCGUCAAAAGACCGAUAUAUACUGGCAUCAUUGGGGCCAUGUACGGAAUUGCUUCUAUUGCUGGGCCGCUGCUUGGUGGUGCCUUUACCGACGGUCCUGGCUGGCGGUGGUGCUUUUACAUCAACCUCCCACUCGGCGCCAUCACGUUGGUCGUCAUCUUUUUCUUCUUCCAGUCUCCCAACAGAGCAGCCGAAACGAAAAUGUCCUGGAAAACAAGAGCCUACCAACUCGAUCUCGGCGGCACGGGGCUUUUCAUCGUUGAUAUUGUCUGCUGCUUGCUCGCUCUCCAAUGGGGCGGGUCGACUUAUCCUUGGUCCGAUUGGCGCAUCAUUCUGUGCCUGACCCUCUUCGGCGUCUUGACCGUCCUCUUUAUCAUUCUUCAGUUCUACAUGGGAGAUUUUGCGACAGUACCUGUCAGGAUCAUUCGUCAACGCAACGUCGCCGCCUCGGCCUGGUUCGUUUUCACGCUUGGCGGUGCAUUCUUUCUCCUGGUUUAUUGGUUGCCCAUCUGGUUCCAGGCCAUCAAGGGCGCCACGGCCUUCAAAUCCGGCAUCAUGUGUUUGCCAAUGGUCCUGUCAUUGGUGGUCGCGUCAUUGAUUGGCGGCGGCCUCACAACGGCUAUUGGACAUUACUGGCCCUUUUACUAUCUCAGCGUGAUAUUCUCGGCUAUCGGCGCAGGACUUCUCACGACCUUCAUGACGGACACGGGUCACUCGAUGUGGAUCGGAUACCAGGUUAUCUACGGACUUGGUGUCGGAUUCGGCAUGCAACAAGCUCUCGUGGCUGUCCAGGCUACCUUGCCGCUCAAGGAUAUCCCCACGGGUACGGCACUCGUCAUGUUCAUGCAGACUUUUGGUGGCGCCUUGUUUGUGUCGGUCGCUCAGAAUGUGUUCAACAACCGGCUCAUUUCGACCCUUCCCAAGUAUGCACCGGGUAUUGACCCGUCGAUUAUCGUGAACGUUGGUGCUACUUCACUCAGAAACGAAAUCCCCGCGAAAUACCUGCAGGGUGUCUUGUUUGCUUACAACCUCGCCUUGACGAAUACGUGGUACAUUUCCGUGGCCAUGUGUUGUCUGCAGCUCAUUGGUGCGAUAUUUGUCGAGUGGAAGUCUGUCAAGGGUAUGAAGCCUGGUGCUGCGGCUGUGUGAGCAUGACUUUGUUGGUGGGUGCUUGUUUGGGAAAUGCGCGCAGCAAGAACAGGCAACUUGUUUGAGUGAUCAGGAAAAGCAUUGCCAUGGUAUGUGCUUGUAUCUCCUCUCACGUCAGGUUGAGAAAUACACUGGCUGUAUGGGCAUGAUGAGUUGUUUGAGCAUUUUUAUUGUAUAUAAUGAUGAUACCAACUCGCCAUGAUAAUAGAUUCAUGUUCUCUUUCGGAGUGAAAACUCAACAUUACUAAUGAAGGUGGUGGGC